UCCUACGUGUUCCUUUGGUGAACCAGGCCACUCCACAUUCUCUUCCCAGUCUUUCCCAUUUUUUUUCUGGAUUGCCCAGCUCAAAUAGGGCGGAGGUCAGCCCUGGUGUAGAGUCCCUUCCCUGUUUAAUGUACACUUAAACUUGCAAAAAGAUGACCGACCUCUUAAGAAGUGUUGUCACAGUCAUUGAUGUUUUCUACAAAUAUACCAACCAAGAUGGGGAGUGUGGCACACUGAGCAAGGAUGAGCUAAAGGAACUUCUAGAGAAAGAGUUCCGUCCAAUUCUGAAGAACCCAGAUGAUCCAGACACAGUGGAUGUCAUCAUGCACAUGCUAGAUCGAGAUCAUGACCGAAGACUGGACUUUACUGAGUUUCUUCUGAUGGUAUUCAAGCUGGCUAUGGCCUGCAACAAGGUUCUCAGCAAAGAAUACUGCAAAGCUUCAGGGUCAAAGAAGCACAGGCGUGGUCACCGACACCAUAAGGAAGAAAGUGAAACAGAAGAGGAUGAAGAAGAUGCACCAGAACAGAAAUCAGGUUACAGGCAUUCAAAUUGGAGGGAGGGAGAGGAGUAUGGUUAUGGUUCUGAGGGUUUGAGGCGAAGUGUGAAACACAGACAUGGGUCAAAUUCCAGGAGGCUGGGAAGGCAAGGUGGUUUAUCUAGCUCAGAGAACCAAGAGAAAUCUGAGAAAAGACACCGUGGGUCUGGUCACUCAUGGAAUAGUGACAAAGAAAGACAUGGUUCCAGCUCUGGAGAGCUGGGGGAUAGAAGAAACAAGUCACAUGUUAGCCCCACCAGGGAAUCUGGGAAGGAAUAUGAAUCAGAAUCUGGAUCUGGGUCAAAGAGUGAGAGGAGAAAAAGUCAUGGUGGUCUGUCACAUAGACUGGAUGCUGGUGGGCAUGAAUCAAACUCUACUCAGUCAAGAAAUAGUGGAGGACAAAAGCUUGGGUCUAGCUCUAAAGGUUCAGAAGACAGUGGAAGACAAAGCUAUGGAUGUGGUUCCAGCAAUUCGGGUGGGUGUGGAAGUCCACAAAAUACUUCUAGUUCCUGUCAGGAAGGUAGAUUUGGAGGGCAAGGAAAUCAAUCUAGCUGCACUCAGUCAGGUUAUCAAACAGGAAGUAGUGGAAGACAAGAUCGUGGAUGUAUCUCGGGAGGUCAGUCCUCUGGAUGUGGUCAACAUGAGCCUAGCUUCUGUAGUCAGCCUUCUAGUCAAAGAGGAUACGGAUCUAGAGCAUGUGGUCAGACACAGAACUGUGGAAGACAACAGAGAACAGGUUCAAGUCAGUCCUCUUGCUGUGAACAAUAUGGGUCUGGAACAAGUCAGUCUUCUAGUUAUGGUCAACAUGGAUCUGGUUCUUGUGGACACUUUUCAAACUCUCAUCAAAAAGGGUCUGGUUCAAAGGAAUUUUCUAAAUGUGGACAACAUGGAUCUGGCUCAUGUCAGUCCUCUGGCUUUGGACAUGGCUCUGGCUCAUGCCAGUCCUCUGGCUUUGAACAACAUGGGUCUGGCUCAUGUCAGACCUCUGGCUUUGGACAACAUGGGUCAGGAUCAGGUCAAUCCUCUGGUUUUGGACAACAUGGGUCAAGCUCAGGACAAUCCUCUGGCUUUGGUCAGCAUGGGUCUAGUUCAGGACCGUCCUCUGGCUUUGGCCACCAUGGAUCCAGCUCAGGUCAGUCCCCUGGCUUUGGUCAGUAUGGGUCUGGAUCAAGUCAGUCCUCCAGCUUUGGCCAACAUGGGUCUGGCUCAGGUCAAUCCUCUGGUUUUGGCCAACAUGGGUUUAGCUCAGGUCAAUCCUCUGGUUUUGGCCAGCAUGGAUCCAGCUCAGGUCAGUCCUCUGGCUUUGGUCAGUAUGGGUCUAGAUCAAGUCAGUCCUCCAGCUUUGGCCAACAUGGGUCUGGCUCAGGUCAAUCCUCUGGUUUUGGCCAACAUGGGUUUGGCUCAGGUCAAUCCUCUGGUUUUGGCCAACAUGGGUCUGGCUCAAGCCAAUCCUCUGGCUUUGGACAACAUGAGUCUGGCUCAGGUCAGUCCUCUGGUUUUGAACAAUAUGGGUCUGGCUCAGGUCAGUCCUCUGGUUUUGGACAACAUGGCUCUGGUUCAGGCCAGUACUCUGGCUUUGGCCAGCACUCUGGCUUUGGCCAGCAUGGGUCUGGCUCAAGCCAGUCCUCUGGCUUUGGACAACAUGGGAAUGGCUCAGGUCAGUCCUCUAGUUUUGGACAACAUGGCUCUGGCUCAAGCCAGUCCUCUGGCUUUAGACAACAUGGGUCUGGCUCAGGUCAGUCCUCUAGUUUUGGACAACAUGGGUCUAGCUCAAGACAGUCCUCUGGCUUUGGCCAGCAUGGGUCUGGCUCAGGCCAAUCCUCUGGCUUUGGUCAGCAUGGGUCUGGCUCAAGUCAGUCCUCUGCCUUUGAACAAGGGUCUGGUGCAGGUCCAUUUUCUAGCUCUGGACAACAUGGGUCUGGGACAGGUCAAUCCUCGGGCUCUGGACAUGGAUCUAGCUCACAUCAAUCCCCUAGCUUUGGGACUGGCUCAGGUCAUUCUUCUGGAUUUGGACAACAUGAGUCUAGAUCAGGUCAGUCUAGCUGUGGUCAACAUUGUUCCACUUCAGUGCAAUCCUCCAAUUUUGGCCAAGGAUCCUGCUCAGGAAAGUCCUCUAACCAUGAUCAACAUGAUAGCACAAGUCAGUCUUCUACUUAUGAUCAACAUGGGUUUAGCUCAGGGGAAUCUUCUGGAUAUGAACAACAUGAAUCUAGGGUAAGGGGAAAAGAAAGCUCUCGCACUAGUUCAGGAAAAGAGGGUCCAAAACAUGGAAAACCCAUAUCAGAUUCAGCCCACACUCAGAUAAGAGAAACAGGCCCAAAGAAAACUACUCAGAGGGAUAAUGAGAGAAACAAGAGACACAGUACAACAGCAAAAGAGAAUGAAGAUCAUGACAGCAUUCAUGGACAUAGCCAACAAAGGCAAGGAUCAAGUCAGGAAAGAAGGACUUCUACAACACAGGACACAAAACAUAACCACAAAAAUGACAGUCAAGCCCAGACAGAUAAAUGGGAGACAUAUUCAGAAACUACCCGGGAGCAUUAUGAAAAUGACCAUGAAAAAUCAGGAGGAAUUCCCACAGGUAAAAAUGAAAGAUCUACUCAGAGACAAGCAGGAGACAACACAAGACAUGCCCAUUCUGGCCAUGGACAGGCCACCAGGACAGAAUCCAGUAGGACCCAAAAAACGGGAUCUACCAGCAGUGAGUCCAGUGACAGGGGAAGACUUUCAGGAGUCCCACAGACACAGACAGGGUCCCCUCAUGGCCAUGCUGGAUCUCAACAUGGAGAGUCGAGAUCCACCCAGGAAGGAAGACAGACAACUACUCACAGACAGGCAAGAGACACCACUAGACAUACCCAGUCUGGGCAUGGACAAGCCACCAGGUCAGAAUCCAGCAGGACUGGAAGAAGAGAAUCCAGUGUCAGUGAGUCCAGUGACAAUGAAAGGCACUCAGGAGUCCCACAGACACAGGCAGGGUCCCCUCAUGGCCACCCUGGAUUCCAACAGGGAGAGUCAGGAUCCACCCAUGAAGGAAGAUGGGAAACUACUCACAGAAAGCAAGGAGACACCACUAGCCAACCUCAUUCUGGUCAUGGACAGGCCACCAGGACAGAAUCUAGCAGGACCCAAAGAAACAGAUCCAGUGCCAGUGAAUCGAGUGACAGGGAAAGGCACUCAGGACUCCCACAGACACACACAGAGUCCCCUCAUGGCCAGGCUGGAUCUGAACAUGGACAGUCGGGAUCCACCCAGGAAGGAAGACAGGGAACUACUCACAGACAGGCAGGAGACACCACUAGACAUACACUGUCUGGUCAUGGACAGGCCACCAGGACAGAAUCCAGUAGGACAGGAAGAACAGGAUCCAGGAGCAGUGAGUCCAGUGACAGGGGAAGGCCUUCAGGAGUCCCACAGACACAGGCAGGGUCCCUUCAUGGCCAUGCUGGAUCUCAACAUGGAGAGUCGGGAUCCACCUGGGAAGGAAGACAGGGAACUACUCACAGACAGGCAGGAGACACCACUAGACAUACCCAGUCCACUCAUGGACAAGCCACCAGGUCAGAAUCCAGUAGGACUGGGAGAAGAGAAUCCAGUGUCAGUGAGUCCAGUGACAGUGAAAGGCACUCAGGAGUCCCACAGACACAGGCAGGGUCCCCUCAUGGCCACCCUGGAUUCCAACAGGGAGAGUCAGGAUCCACACUGAAAGGGAGACAGGGAACAACUCACAGACAGGUAGGAGACUCCACUACACAUACCCAGUCCACUCAUGGACAGGCCACCAGGACAGAAUCCAGUAGGGCCCGAAGAACGGGAUCUAGCAUCAGUGAGUCUAGUGACACGGAAACGCACUCAGGAGUCCCACAGACAAACAAAGGAUCCUCUCAUGGCCAUGCCAGAUCUCAACAUAGAGACUUGGGAUCCUCCCGUGAAGGAAGACAGGGAACUACUCACAGACAGGCAGGAGACACCACUAGACAUACCCAGUCCAGGCGUGGACAAGCUACCAGGGCCAUGCUGGAUCUCAACAUGGAGAGUCGGGAUCCACCCAGGAAGGAAGACAGACAACUACUCACAGACAGGCAAGAGACACCACUAGACAUACCCAGUCUGGGCAUGGACAAGCCACCAGGUCAGAAUCCAGUAGGACUGGGAGAAGAGAAUCCAGUGUCAGUGAGUCCAGUGACAGUGAAAGGCACUCAGGAGUCCCACAGACACAGGCAGGGUCCCCUCAUGGCCACCCUGGAUUCCAACAGGGAGAGUCAGGAUCCACCCAUGAAGGAAGAUGGGAAACUACUCACAGAAAGCAAGGAGACACCACUAGCCAACCUCAUUCUGGUCAUGGACAGGCCACCAGGACAGAAUCUAGCAGGACCCAAAGAAACAGAUCCAGUGCCAGUGAAUCGAGUGACAGGGAAAGGCACUCAGGACUCCCACAGACACACACAGAGUCCCCUCAUGGCCAGGCUGGAUCUGAACAUGGACAGUCGGGAUCCACCCAGGAAGGAAGACAGGGAACUACUCACAGACAGGCAGGAGACACCACUAGACAUACACUGUCUGGUCAUGGACAGGCCACCAGGACAGAAUCCAGUAGGACAGGAAGAACAGGAUCCAGGAGCAGUGAGUCCAGUGACAGGGGAAGGCCUUCAGGAGUCCCACAGACACAGGCAGGGUCCCUUCAUGGCCAUGCUGGAUCUCAACAUGGAGAGUCGGGAUCCACCUGGGAAGGAAGACAGGGAACUACUCACAGACAGGCAGGAGACACCACUAGACAUACCCAGUCCACUCAUGGACAAGCCACCAGGUCAGAAUCCAGUAGGACUGGGAGAAGAGAAUCCAGUGUCAGUGAGUCCAGUGACAGUGAAAGGCACUCAGGAGUCCCACAGACACAGGCAGGGUCCCCUCAUGGCCACCCUGGAUUCCAACAGGGAGAGUCAGGAUCCACACUGA